AUGUCAGUAGAAGAUAUUACUAAACUUAAGAAAAAGAGAGGUGGUUUGAGAACGUCCAUUACCAGAAUUCUUAAGAAAAUAGAAUUAGAACUAGAUAAGUCUUCUGUUGAUAUAAAUUUGUUAGAAGAAGACUUAGAACUCUUGAACGAUAAGUUUGAAUCCCUUAAGAUAGCUGAUUCUGAAAUCGAAAGUACUUUGAAACCAGAAGAAUUCGAUGAAGAGAUUCAAACUACAGAAGAAUGUCGUGAAAGAAUUCUGUUGUGGAAAUUUAGAGCGAAAAAACGGAUUCACUUGACAAACCAAAACUUUACUGUUAUUGAUACAAAUCUAUAUAAUUCUCAAAUAUUUAAUGAUUCAUCGAAACGGAAGUUUAAGCUUCUUAAAAUAGAAUUUAAGUUGUUCGGCGGUGAUAUCAAAGAAAGGUUGUCAUUUUGGGCACAAUUUCAGAAGAUACACAACGAUAAGGAAAUCGCGAAGGAGGAUAAAUAUCAAUAUUUAUUACAAGCUACAUUAAAGGGUUCAAGAGCGCGAGAACUUGUUGAAUCAUUUCGGGCCACAGCUGAUAGUUAUGAAAACGUAAUAGAGUGUUUAAAGACGAGAUUUGGCCGAACUGACAUGUUAAUCGAAGUGUAUAUUAGAGAAGUUUUUUCAUUGAUGAUGAAUAACGCAAUCGGUAAAGGCUCUAAAAUGCCUCUUUUUAAACUUUACGAUAAGAUUGAAUCUUACUUAAGGUCUUUAAAUAUGUUAGGUGUUUCCAGCGCAAAUUAUUCUUCAAUAUUGUAUCCGUUGAUUGAAUCUUGUUUGCCUGUCGACAUAUUGAGAGUUUGGGAAAGAAAUUUGAAUUCCACAUCCCUAACAUCUAAAGAAGAAACUGUUGAUAAGUUAGAUAACCUGAUGAAAUUUUUAUGUCACGAGAUUGAAAGCGAAGAGAAAGUGCGUCUAGCACGGACCGAAUUUAACCGUGAAACCGAAAUCGAAAGCAAAAUUAUUUCACCCGCGUUAGCACGACGGGAAAGAUUUACUCCGACAGCUGCAGAGUUAUGCAACGCUUCGGAUAUUAAAAAAGAAACUUGUGUAUUUUGUAACAAAGCACAUAUGAGUAGCCAAUGUAGGUAUGCUGAUAAUUUGCCUUAUAAAGAGAAAACGCAAAUGUUGUUAAAAAGGGGUGCAUGUUUCAGAUGUUCAGCAGUAAGAAAGCAUAUUUCUCGAUUUUGUACAAUGAAAGUACCACCGUGUGAGAUUUGCGGUAAGGGUCAUUUUAAAUUAAUGUGUACUGAAAAAUGUAAUUCCGAAAAUUCGAAUCGAUUGCUACAGGUUGAGGAGAAACAAAUCAAAAGUAAGGACUCCGCUCUAUCUAACAAAACAGCUACUCGUAAAGUUCUCUUGCAAACACUUAUUGUUCGUCUUAGGAAUAAGAAUAAAAGGAAAUACAUAAGGGUACUAAUCGACUCAGGCAACAGUAAAUCUUACUUGUCAAAUUUUGCAAUAAUGGAAAUGGGAUAUGAAUGUAUUGGUGAAGAAAUUUUAACACAUAGUUUGUUCAGCGGUAUAGAAACUACGGAAAGACAUAAGAGAUAUUUGAUUCGCCUUAGUAACUUUUCGGAUAAUUAUCGAUGUAUUUUCGAGAUGUUAAAUCAAGAAAAUAUUUGUUCCGAAAUUCCAAAAAUACCGUGUGGUACAUUUAUGAUUGAAGUUAAGAAAUAUAAAAUUGUCCUAUCUGAUUUGAAUGAUAAAGUAGAUCUGUUGUAUCAGUUCUCUCCUGACGAGAUUCAUGGACUCGUCGGGGCUGAUGUCGUAGGUAAACUGUAUACCGGAAACAUAAAACAGUUAGACUCAGUCUAG